CAACUCCAGCCCCUGUCUCUUUCUCUCCUUCACUCUCUCCAUCUCUCUCUCUCUCCCGUGUCUAGUCCCUCACUAGCCAGUUACCAAGAUGGCCGCUUUGAAAGAUUUUUUGAAAGCUGACGAUAUUCAGAAGGCCCUUGAUGCAGUCAAAGCGGAGGGUUCCUUCGACCAUAAGAAGUUCUUUGCUUUGGUGGGCCUGAAGGCCAUGACUCCUGACAAUGUCAAGAAGGUGUUCCAGGCUAUUGAUGCUGACCAGAGUGGAUUCAUUGAGGAGGAGGAGCUCAAGUUUGUGCUGAAGAGUUUCGCUGAGGACGGCAGAGACCUGACCGACGCCGAGACCAAAGCCUUCCUUAAUGCCGCCGACAAGGACGGAGACGGAAAGAUCGGCAUCGACGAGUUUGAAGUCUUGGUCCAUGAGGUGUAAAGAGCACCUCUAGUCUCCCCCUUUCUCCUCCCCUGCGAAUUCAUGUUUUAAAUGCAAUCUCCCCCUUCUAAGCCCCCCCCCCCCAUCAUCACCCAAAAAGCACAAUCCAGUCCAGGGUGAAGUUUCUCCUCGACACAGAUCUAGGAUCACCUACCCCAAUCCUAACCUUAACCAUUAGUCGGGGAAAAAUGCCAACUGACCCAAGAUCAGCGUCAAGGCUACUUCACCCUACACCGCAGGCCCAGUCUCUCUAACCGAAACAGUACCAGAGACGUCCACCAGGGGGAGGUAGAGUGGGGACUACCCAACAAGCACUUCUGUAUUUAUUUGUAUGUUUUUCUACUGUACCAACAUAUUGUAUAUAUGUUCUGUUUUGAUUUGAAAACCUCAUGACUGUCUCAUUUUAAAAGAAAACCUUUACUGUAGAUAUAAUGUACCAGAAACCUUCCCUUUCCUCCCUAGCCGUCUAUGGACCCUAUGUCUCCUUACCCAAAUGGCACCCUAUUCCCUUUAUAGUGCACUACUGACAAAAGGGAAUAGGGUGCUAUUUUUAAUAGUGUGCCAUUUUUGGGGGACUGAACCCUAUACAACCUGUGUCUCUCACUCUUUAUUUUUUCCACCUCACACAUACUUGUACCCUCCCUCCUUUCCUCCCUCCCUCCAUUCCUUCUUCUCUCGUCUGGUGAUGAGAUGUAUAAAUAAAGAGGUAGAGUGGUGAAGAGAGAGAAAUGAUUCAAAUUAAGAAAUAAUA